AUGGCUAUGGCGGGAUGGCAUCUUAGUCGUAAUAAAGUUCUCUUCUUCAGCGGUGCUCUUUUCAUCAGUCUCGCUGUAUGUAUUCACCUCAUUCCUUAUUUCCCUUCUGUUUUCCCCUCUUCUCCGACUGUUCUGUUACAACAAGAUCCCACUCCUUGCAUUUCUUUAAUAAACGAGGUUAAUUUCCACUCCAAUUUUGAUGGGUUUUCAUGGGAUUUCGAAAACAACUCUCGAUCUUUCGAUUGCGAUUUCCAGAAAUUGAGUCGGAUCGAUGUCUCGGACCUGCUAAACGGUUCAUGGAUCGUUGUCGCAGGCGAUUCACAGGCGCGAUUGUUUGUGGUUUCGUUAUUAGAUUUGGUUUUGAGUUUAGAUGAAAUGGAAUCGAUUCAGGCGGAUUUGUUUAAAAGACAUAGUAAUUAUCAUAUCGUGGUUGAAGAAAUUGGGAUGAAAUUGGACUUCAUUUGGGCACCUUACGCUACUAAUCUCACUCAUGUCAUUACAGAUUUCAAAAGAAACAAUACUUACCCAGAUGUGUUAGUGAUGGGUUCAGGAUUAUGGCAUAUGUUACACUUCACAAAUUAUUCCGAUUACGGAGUUUCAUUACGUUAUCUAAGGGAAUCAUUGAUUCCGUUCCUUCCAGUGGGAUCUGAUUCUACUCGGGGAUUCCAUUUGUUUUGGCUAGGCAUGCCAACUUUGAUUAACAGAAUGCUGAAUACAGAAGAGAAAAGGGUAAAGAUGACUAGUGAGAUGUGCAAUUUAUAUGAUCAAGAACUUUAUAAAAGCAAGAUCUUGCGUAAAGAUGGUGGUGUGUUUUUGAUGCUAGAUGUUGAGAAUUUAAGCAAAAAAUGUGGGGUUGAUUGUUCGUUAGAUGGGAUGCAUUAUAAUGGAGUUGUUUAUGAAGCUUGUGUUCAUGUUAUGCUCAAUGCAUUGCUUAUUGAGUCUCAUCAAAAGCUAUGA